UGAGAGCUGCGUUCAGGCGUUUUGUGCGCAUGCGGAAGUCCGGCGCGCCGCUCAUUGGCCGAAGAUGACAUCAUGCAGCCCCAGAUCUAUUGUUGGAAAGAGGAUGAGCUCAUCGUUGAAGAAGACGCCAGUUUCACAUAGAAGAGCCGAGAGAGGAGGACGCACGGAGAGGCGACGCACGGACCUUGAUCCAUCAGAAGGCAACAAACUCCUGCAACAGACUCCUCAUCCUCCCUCCUGCACGAGAACGGGACUCUGCAGAAGGACGCUUCGAAUAUGGUUUGGUCUCAGGAGAGAGAUGCUGAUCGGACCCCGAUGUCCGUCAUCCUGCCUCGACUCUACCUCGGAGCGGAGAGGGACGUGACGCAGGACCAGCUCGCCUCCAUGGGCAUCUCCUACGUGCUGAGCGUGAGCCGCUGCAGCCCCCAGCCCUCCUUUCUGCCGUGCUCCAGAUACCUCCGCAUCCCAAUUGAUGACUCCCUGCGGGACGACCUGCUGCCCUGGAUCCCACAGGCCCUUCACUUCAUUGAUGCAGCCAUGUCCUCGGGGGCCUCGGUGUUGGUGCACUGUGCAGCAGGAAUCUCCCGGUCACCGGCUCUGGCCGUAGCCUACAUCAUGUACAGUCUGGAGAUGGACCUGGACCACGCCUACAGGUUUGUUAAAGAGCGUCGUCCUUCCAUUUCCCCUAACUUCAACUUCCUGGGUCAGCUGCAGCACUUCCAGGGAGCCCUGAGCCAGAAGGCCUCCGGCGGCGACUUCUUCAUCCAGCAGAUGGACAAUCGGAAACCCUCCGCCGCCGACCGGGUUAACUGCUCCCAGAGCAGCAGUCAGAACAACAACCGUCAAGCUGACGGUGUCAGCGGGGGCUCGGUGCACCACAAAGACAAAACGCAGCAGAGGCACGGUGGAAACCUGCAGCAGAAACCCCUGACUCUUUAUUUGACUCAGCACGUCCAGGCUCCGCGUGAGGCUUCGGCGCCGAGCCCCCGCGAGCCUGCGAAGCCGCUACCAAAGCCCACGCAACUACAACUCCCAUCAGGCUCGGCGUCUCUGUUGGAGAAGCGUAAAAGCCUCACGCUGUCUCUGACGCCUCUGGGAGCGGCGUGCCCUCCCUCAUCAGAAGGCAGCAGCCGGCAGGGAAGAGGGACCUCCACGUCACAGACUGUCCACAGCGGGGAGACGGGGGAGAGGACCGAGGCGAAGACACAGCGCAACGCCGGCUCCCACCGGCAGACGGGGGGCGCCGACAGAGAGCAGAGUCCCUCCCACAGCAAGUGCAGCCGAGCCGAGGUGAAGGAGCAGGGCCUGCUGUCGCCAUUCAGCUUCACCCUCAGCAAGCUGUUAGACUGGGGGGAGAGGGUGCUGCUGGGGGGGGUGUUCGUCCACCCCGUGAGGAUGGGGCAGCCUGCGAUACCGUACAGCUGCUGAGGGCGAGGUUUAGCUAGCGGGCGAAGGCGAGUGGUAUUUGUGCAUGUUUGUCAAAGGAAAAACCAAACCAAGGUACAUACGUACUGAGAGAACCAUUGUCUUCUAUUUAUUUAUUUAUUGCAGAGCUGAAUUUUAAGACGUAUAGAGGAAACCUCCACAUGAAUGCAUCUCGUUUAUUACGUCCCGACAGCGGUCCGCUUGUCCCGUCAUUUGUAAAAGGCAGGUUAUUUUAAAAGAGUUUUGGCACAACGGCUUGAAAUGAAUUUGCUGAUUAUUAAAGAUGUUGUUUCAA